UUGUCCACUCCCUCAUGUCCUCCUCAGGGCUCUCUGAGUCGCUACCUGGGCCUCCAGAUCAACGAUUGGGUCGGCAGCUGUCGGCUCGCUCAUUCCGUCACCCGUGGCCUGGCGUACCUACACACUGAGCUCUUCAAAGGAGACGUGUACAAGCCAGCCGUGUCCCACAGGGACCUGAACAGUCGCAAUGUUCUUGUCAAGGCUGACGGCACUUGUGUCAUCAUCGAUUUUGGCCUGUCCAUGAAGCUCACAGGAAACAGGACCGCGCGCGCAGGAGAAGAGGAAAACGCUGCCAUAAGUGAGGUGGGGACGAUCCGCUACAUGGCUCCAGAGGUCUUGGAGGGGGCGGUGAACCUGAGGGACUGUGAGUCGGCGCUGAAGCAGGUGGAUAUGUACGCCCUGGGCCUGAUCUACUGGGAGACCUUCAUGAGAUGUACCGACCUGUUCCCUGGAGAGUCAGUGCCAGAUUACCAGAUGGCGUUUCAGGCGGAGGCAGGGAACCACCCGACGUUUGAGGACAUGCAGGUCCUGGUGUCCAGGGAGAAGCAACGGCCCAACUUCCCAGAGGCCUGGAAAGAGAACAGUUUGGUAAGUUUGUGUGUGAGCCACACUCUAAAUGAUAAAACACUCAUCAGAUUGUGA